CACAAACCAAACCCAUAUAAUAUAUGUAUUAAGUAAUAAACCAUUCCUUGUCUUUCGUAUGAAAUCUUCUUUGGGGACCAUAGUCUAUACACCCCUCCACCCUACAUUUUCUUGUUCUCCCACUACCAUGUAACAUUUCUUUAACCAAAAUUCCAUUUUUAUAUACAUACAUAUAGCCUAUACCAAAUACACAUCUCUCUUGAUAUUCUCUCCCACCCUGCAAGCAAAGCAGUCAGCUUUCACCUUUUUUUUCUUUAAUCUUUCUUUUCCCAAUUGGUUUCUGGGUUUCCGUGCUCCUCUCAUUGAGAUUUGAGAUCUGCUUCAAAUAUAAAAAAAAUGGGUUUUUAUCAAGGCACUAGCACUAGCUCUAGUGAGGACUACUCUGACUAUAACGAGUCCAAAGUCAAGUCCAUACUGAGAAAGAUGUUUUGGCAACUUGGGUUAUCCUGUGUGUUCCCGGCUCGCCUGAGGAGAAUCUCUAGCAAGAACCAGAGCCAAGCUGACAUUCUCAACAGCAAUGGUGGGAACAAGAAUUUGGAACACAACAAGGCAUGGUUGCUAGCAGAGUCUGGUGGGUGUGGGGCAGAGUUGACAAAUGCUGACCCACAAUCUGUGCACUCAUCUUUCAGGUUCAGUUUUUGCUCUCAGGUUGAGCUUGAGUCGUUGAACAUGAAUUCUUCAACUGCUGCUACUGUUUUAAUGGUGAAUUUGGAUAAUGGAAUGACUGAGUCUCGAGCUAAAGAGCUUAAGUGGAGAAGAAUUGAGUCAUUGGAGAGAAGCAUAUCACCUGUGGCCAAUACUCUUAUCAGAUUCAGCUAUGGUGAAAUUCUUUCGGCUACUCGCAAUUUCUCCAAAGGCAGAGUUUUGGGAAGAGGGGCUUUGAGCUGUGUUUUUAGGGGGAAAGUUGGGGUUUUGAGGACAGCUGUGGCAAUUAAGAAAUUGGACAAGGAAGAUAAGGAGGCUGCAAAGGCAUUCUGUAGAGAAUUGAUGAUUGCUAGCUCUCUUCACAACCCAAAUGUUGUUCCUCUUGUGGGUUUUUGUAUUGAUCCAGAAGAGGGUCUUUUCUUAGUCUAUAAGUUUGUCUCUGGUGGAAGCUUAGAGCGCCAUUUGCAUGGGAAGAAGAAGAAGGGUGUGAAAGGUGGUUCUUCACUUCCAUGGUCUGUGAGGUAUAAGGUUGCCAUAGGGAUUGCAGAGGCAAUAGCAUAUCUACAUAAUGGAACUGAGAGAUGUGUUGUUCAUAGAGACAUUAAGCCCUCUAAUAUUCUCCUUUCUUCAAAGAAGAUAGCCAAGUUAUGUGAUUUUGGAUUAGCUACAUGGACUUCUGCACCUUCAGUUCCUUUCCUUUGCAAAACUGUCAAAGGAACAUUUGGUUACUUGGCUCCUGAGUACUUCCAGCAUGGGAAAGUAUCUGAUAAAACCGAUGUAUAUGCUUUUGGAGUGGUUCUACUGGAACUCAUAACUGGCCGGAAGCCAAUCGAAGCGAGAAGGCCUCCGGGGGAAGAGAAUUUGGUCCUAUGGGCAAAACCCCUUUUGCAGAAAGGGAAAGGAGCCAUUGAAGAGUUGCUUGAUCCACGGCUCAAAUGUACUUUGAAAAAUUCAGAUAAAAUUGCACAGAUGAUUGAAGCUGCAGCUUCCUGCAUAACUAACGAAGAAUCUCGGAGGCCAGGCAUUGGUGAGGUUGUUGCAAUAUUAAAAGGUGAAGAAUCACCCGUUGUCUCUAAAAGAAAGAAGUCUGGUUUUCUGGGAAAUGGAUGCGUUAUUGAUUGUUAUUCUCACUUACAACAAACAAACAGUGAGAUGAGGAGUCACUUAGCUUUGGCAAUGCUAGGAGUUUCUGAGUUUGAGGACGACGAUAACUUUUUCUGUCGUUGAAGCAUUAUUAAUUGCACAUUCUGGAAAUUUCCCAUUAAUUUUUAUGUUGCUUUGCUUGAUGAGAGUGCUAGAAAUUAGAAUUGGAAAAUUGUUGAAUUUGUGUAUAGGUAUAGGAUUCUAACGAACGGUUGGUGUGUACAUAUCUUUCAUUUUACCUGCCCCUAUUCUCAGAGGGAAAAGUGUAAUAGAUUUUCAAGUCCAGAGUUCCCAUGAACCUCAAUUCACAAGAAUUUUGAAACGUGGUUGCAUAAUUGGUACUCGGAAUGUUUUGUC